ACGGCGGGUUCAUAUUUCAACGUUUAUAAAUCGUAUACGCUAUUUGAAUAAAAUACAUUUUACUAUAGUAAUAUAAAAUUAAUUUAUAAUAAAUAAAAUAAAGCACUGUUUUACCAGUAAUUACAGCAAAAUGAAGAAUAUUUUUUUAUACGUCGUUUUCUUUUGUUCUUUUGAAAUAAUACUUGGUGAUAGCAAAAUCGAUCUUUGUGAGGUGUGCAAAUGUUCUAAAAUAAAAAAUCCAGAUAAUAAGCUUUCAAUAUCAUGUAAGUUUUCAUAUAUUGAUUGGGAAAGAGUGGAUUGGCCACGAAAUGAUGAAAAAAUUGAAAUAGAACUUGGAGCAAGCGGACAAAACAGCGGAGCAACCAUGUUGCCAAGAUUCCCCUACAAUGAACAGAUAAAAUUUAUCAAUAUCACUUCAAGUGGUAUAAAAUCUGUAAAACCAGGAGCUUUUAAAAAUCUGCCCAACUUAGAAUAUUUAUCGUUAACUAACAAUAGCAUAAAAUACCUCGGAGGAAACAUAUUUCAAGGACUCAAAAAACUUAAAUCGUUAGACCUUUCCAAAAUAAACUGA